AAUAUUUUUUAGUUGAACCGCGUGACCCAGAAGAAGUUCCCUGGUCAGUUCCUACCAAAGGAGAGUGGCUGUUCUUCGGUUGACCCCAGCACAGUUUCUUGUCUCUCAGCUUCUCUGUGUUUGUCACUAACUUUGUUCUCCUCAAUCAUAUUUAGAAAAAUCUGCUAAGGAAUCUGAUUAUGCUCCUAUUUCCGAAUUUCCAUUGACGGCAAGCAGCGGCAUCAUCCCUCCGGCUACUUCUCAGUGUUCCCGAAAUUUGUCGGAGCUGAAUUGCCCAAGCUUCAGCAAACCUGCGAGUGGGUGCUCUGCUUGGAAGCUGAACCUCAAGCUUACAAUACAAGGUCAGGUGAGGAAAGGUGUACCCAGUCACUGAUGGAUGGGAAUGGAACAGGGAUGAGAGGGGACUAAUAGCAGUGGAGUCGUUUUUCAUCGUUUGAUUCAUCCAUUUCUGUGGGGAAUGCAGCUGCAGAAUAACUUGGAACUUUUUAGUCAAUCAUUUUUGAGAUCAUGGAGAUUGGAAUAACCCUUUUUUGAAGAUAUUUCUGUCCUUGGGUUUAAGAGAAGUUAGCAAAGCUUUUCCCUCAUUGUAGCUCUGCUAUUGGCCAAUCUUCAUUCAUCAGUAGUAGAACGGUAAAGUUGCCUGAGGAUCAGUAGCUGGCAUGGGUAAGCCAAGGGACAAGUUUUGGGAUCACGCUGAAGUCAUGCCGAAUGAAGGUGAAGCCAAGGAUCGUUGGAAGUGUAAGUUCUGCCACAAACUAUUUUCUGGGGGAGCUUCCAGGAUAAAGGCGCAUUUGGGUAAGGUUGAAGGAAAAGGAAUUAAAGUUUGUGAAAGUGAAGUUGAUGAAGCUACAAAGAAAGAAGCUAACGAGGCUCUUGAGAAGAGUACAAAGAGAAGAAAGGUGGAUGCUGGAACCAAUUCAGCUCAAGUCAACCCACAUCAGGUGGUGGCAGAUUUGCGGAUUACUCUGCCAUCUCCUGGCCAAAGCAACCCCAAUGCACCGAUGCCACUGCAGCAGAGUCCUGACCCAAUCCACCUGAUGGGCCUACCUCUGCUAUUUGCAUCGAGGGACAAUCUAGAUGACAUUUCUUAUUCACACAGCAUUUUUGGGGAUUCUAGUGCAAACUUAUUGCGAGAAGUCUGCGGGGGAGCAGAGGUGGAAGGUCCAUCAAAUGCUCAUGUGUACAACAGUGAAAGAAGUAGCAUCCCAUGUUCAAGCUUUGUCACAGAAGCAGCAGACCGAUCGAGUUGGCCUGAACACAGCACCCCCCAACUAGAAGACCUGCCACCUUUGCAAGAGGAUCAGUGGAGUUUGUAUGUACAGGAGCUGCAGGUUGAAAAUGCAAAUGCACUCUCACUCGAGAUCCAAUCCGUGCAACCAGAUGGUCAUGUUCUGCUACCUGAGAAUGUUCAGCUAUCUCUUCCUGAAAGCACACAAAAUGUACCACCGUGGGUGAUAUUAGAGGUUAAUUCCUGUGGAGACAACCCAGUGCAAGAUGAGCCCGAUCUGGUAGUUGAAGUCCGUGAAGCUAAUAGCAUUAUGCUCGAGCAAACCAAUCACUUUGAUCCGAUGCGGAUUGAUCCAGAUCCCAACAAUGAAGACAAUGGGGAUAGUGCUUCAGUUCUACCUUCUUCUACACCGAACUCGUUUGCAAGGGAAACUACACAGUGUGAGAUGUUGGCGCCCAAAUUAGUGAAGAACGGAUUGUGGAUGAGCUCUGGGAUUACUUAAUGACAAAUGAUAUAUUACGCAUCGGAGUCUAUGGGAUGGGGGGAGUGGGGAAAACCACAACCAUGAAACACCUCUAUAAUAAAGUGCAUGACAGUGCUGCCUUUGAGAAUGUAUUUUGGGUCACAGUGUCAAAAGACUGUAGUAUACACGAGCUUCAAAAUAAGAUUGCCAGAGCCCUCAAGGUCCCUAACCUUUUCAAGGAUGUUGACGAAGGGAUGAGGCCAACAUUGUUGUUCAACCACUUGAAGGAGAAAAAGAAGUGUCUAGUUAUUUUAGAUGAUAUGUGGCAACAUUUUGAGCUUGCAGACGUUGGUAUUCCAGUCAAAAGAGAUGGUGUUCGUCUGGUCCUAACAACACGAUAUCUUGGUGUUUGCAAAAAGAUGUUGUGUCAGGCGGAAGUUCGAGUUCGACCUCUACCUGAUGAAGAAGCAUGGGCAUUGUUUGUACAGACACUUGGUUCUGAUCUACCUCCUAGUCGGAAACUUGUUGCUGAGGAUAUUGUUAAGGAUUGCGAAGGCUUGCCGUUAGCUAUUGUUGUUAUGGCGGGAAGUAUGAGGGGAGAGGUUGAGGAUCAUGUAUGGGAAGCCACGCUGGAAAAUUUAAAACGUCCAGGAAUUCUGGAACAGAGUAUGAAAGAGAAUGUUUUCCCGAUUCUGGUGCACAGUUACAACCGCUUGGAUAAGAAGAAACAACUAUGUUUUUUAACGUGUGCUCUAUAUCCUGAAGAUUGGUCAAUCCCUAGACAAGAAUUGAUAGAACUUUGUAUUGAUGAGGGGGUGAUUCAUGAAGAUAGGAGGCGGAAGAUGUACAAUGAAGGGCACAGAUUGUUAGAUGAACUUGAAAAGGCGUGCCUCUUGGAGCCAUAUAGUGAACGAGAUAGAGAAGUUAGGAUGCAUGAUGUGAUUCGGGAUAUGGCACUGCACAUCAUGAACGCGAACAACGGCCCAUGCAUGGGGAAAUCUGGCUUAGGUUUGGAAGAUGUGCCGGAUGAUGAGGAAUGGUUGCCUAAUCUUCAGAAGGUCUCCCUGAUGUGCAAUCGCAUAGAAGCAGUUCCACCCUCCAUAUCACCAAACUGUCCUCAACUUGCAACUCUGUUGUUGAGUGACUGUUGGAGAUUGCGUAAAAUCUCAAAACGUUUCUUUCAGCAGAUGCAGGAGUUGAAGGUUAUUGAUUUGAGAAGGACUAGAAUCACAGAAGUGCCAAAAUCUGUCAUGAACUUGAAAAAGUUGAACGCACUAGUACUCAAUUUGUGCUCUCAAUUAUCUCGUAUUCCAUCCUUGGCGAAGUUGACAUCGUUAAGGAAGUUGGACCUCCAAGGGUGUAUAAAUAUUAAAGAAGUACCAAAUGGUUUGGGGAUGUUAGUUAAUCUUACAUAUCUCUGCUUAAGAGGGACGAGGAUUGAAAGGAUUCCAGAUGGAGUAGUCUGUAAGUUAAAGAAGCUACAGCACCUUGAAGCGGAUUAUAUUGCAGUGAAGGGAGAAGAAGUUGGAAAAUUGAGGAAGUUGGAGGCACUCCGAUGUCGUUUUGAAAACAAGAAUGAGCUGAAUGAGUACACACUGCGUGCAACAACUAUAGAGUCGUAUAGGCUCAUCAUAGGAGCUCGUACAGAUCUUGGCUAUUGGCGGGGUGUAUUUACAUAUGAUGAAGACAAUUUAAAUUUUUACAAAGUUAUUAUUAUGGAUGAAGGAGAGUAUAAGAUAAGAGAAACUUGUCAUUUCCCAAGAGACGUGAAGGCAUUGUGGAUUCGAGGCUAUGGCGGGACGUGGAAUAUAUCCAUUUUUACGGAACUAGAAGAGCUGGAGGCACUACGGAUUACAGGGUGCAAUGAGGUGUCAGCACUAGGUGGGAAUGGGGGACAGUCAGAAGAGCCAGAGGGACAGCUGGAGGAACGAACUUCUCGACCACCACCAGGAGAACACUGCCCCAAUCUCAAGGUGCUACAGAUCUCUAGAUGUCCAAAAUUGAAGCAUCUGUUGGUACCCAAACACAACUGCAAUCUGUACCUUAAGAAACUAGAAAAGCUUUUGAUAUACCACUACGAGGAGCUGGAGAGUAUAACAGGAGCACCAGGAGCACCAACAGACGAAGAAGAAUCACCGACAUCUUCAAAAUCACCACUGCCACCUGACGCUUUCUCCCAACUCAAAUCAAUUGAAAUCGGAAGCUGCCCAAAGAUGAAGAAUGGGGUGGGACCUGAAUUGCUUCCUCUUCUCCAUAACCUCCAAAGUAUCAGUAUUGGUAUGGCCUCCAAUAUGGAGGAGACAAUAGCAGUGUCAUCCCUUUCCCCACCACCACCACCUCUUCUUGUAGCCAUGUCCGCCCUGCAGCUUCCUCUCCUUAGGGAAAUAUUUGUUGAGGGAUGUGAUAAGAUGAAGAGGGUGCUAACUCUUGAGUUAUUCAUGCUCCUCCCCAACUUGCAGACUAUCAUUGUUCAUGAUUGCAAGGAGAUGAAGGAGGUGAUAGGCGGGCAAGAAUUAGACCACGGAGCCACCAGCGGCUUGUUCUUGUCCCCCAUUCCAGUAACAUCUCCUGGUGAUCAAUUAAGUACAAGGAAGCUGACCUUGGAAUUAUACCGCCUCGAGGAGCUGGAGAGCAUAUGCAGUUGGACCGGACUUCGGGAUCUCAUACAUGUCAUUCAGGUAGGUAGAUGUCCAAAGCUGAAGAGGAUUGAAAUGCUAGACGAUGCUUCUCCUCCCCCUUCUCUUGAGGAGAUAGUACUAAUAGAAGAAGUGGAUGGAAAUAGAGAUAAACAAUGGUGGGAAUCUCUGGAGUGGGUCCAUCCUGAGGCCAAGACUACCCUUGAACCAUAUGUGUUUGUUUAUUCGCUAGAAGGAAAAAAAUUCCUUUUACGAGAAUGCCGGUCGAACGAUGACCAAGAUGUGCUUUCUCCAAGCAGUCCUGCCAAUCCUCAGCAUGCCGCGGAACAGCAAGACAUGUUAGCUCCAGCCUCAGUUCAUGAACAAGUGCUCAACACCGGAGGAGACAACUUGGGACUACAAUCUACUUUGUUGCCAAAUAGUCCUGAUCUGCCACGGGAACGCCCCCAGGAGGAUGCAAUGCAAGUUGAUCAAGAUCCAUGCAGUGAGAGAGAUCAGUGUGCUGGUGCAGCAUUUCCACAGCCUUCUAUUGAGUUGACUCGUGAUGCACCAGAUUCAGGAGGGGAUGCAAUUCUAGCACCAGGGCUGGUGGGUCAAGUUUUUGACAGAGUCCUCAAUGAGAUCAUGAACUACCAUACAUCCGAUAUUGUCCUGCAGCAGCACAACAGCCACACUGAGCCUUCUACAAGCUGUCACGCCAAUCAUCAGCAUGCGGUGGUGCAGCAAGAUAUUCCAGCUUCAAACUCAAUUCAUGAACUAGUGGUCAACGUCAGUGGAGAGAACUCGAGAGGUAUGCUGCCAAAUUGUCCUGAUCUGCCAGAGGAGUGCCACCAAGCAGAUGCAAUGGAAGUUGAUCAAGAUCCGUUCCUAGUACUAGAGCUAGUGGGUCAAGAAUCUAACAGAAUUGUCAAUGAAAUCUGGAACCACAUUAGAAAGGACGAUAUUUUACAUGUCGGCAUAUAUGGCAUGCCGGGAGUGGGGAAAACCACAACUGUGAUGCACCUCUAUAAUAAAGUGCAUGCCAGUGCUGCCUUUAAUAAUGUAUUCAGGGUCGCAGUGUCAAAACAUUGCAGUAUCCAUGAGCUGCAGAACAAGAUUACUCUAGCAGUAGAGGUUCCAAACCUUUUCAAGGAUGUGGAUGAAGUGAGGAGAUCAACAUUGUCCAACCAUUUGAGCAAGAAAAGGAAGUCUCCAAUUAUUCUGGAUGAUAUGUGGCAACAUUUUGAGAUCAAAGAAGUAAGGAUUCCAGUAAUGAAAGAUGGCAUUCAGCUUCUAUUGACAGCACGAGAUCGUGGUGUCUGUGAGAAGAUGUUGUGUCAACAGACAAUUACCGUCCAAACCCUAUCUGAAGAAGAAGCACUGAUGUUAUUUGUCGGGACACUUGGCAAUGAUCUAUCUCUUAGUCGGGAACUAAUUGCAAAGAGUAUUUUAGAGGAGUGCAAUGAUCCUGCAGUCUGUAGAGGAGACUUGAUCGAAAUUUGUAUUGAUGAAGGGGUGAUUCGUAGGAAUAGCCGGUGGAAGAUAUUCGAUUCAAGAUAUGGCAUUGAACGUCAUGGAUACACACUGCAACCUGUGAAAUCUGGCUUGGAUUUGGGUGACAUGCUGGAUGAGGAUGAUUGGAUGCCUAACUUUCAAAAGGUUUCGUUCAUGAGGAAUGACAUAAGAGUAGUUCCAUCAAUAUCACCAUAUUGUCCUCAACUCUCAACUCUGCCGCUAAGCAGCUGCAGAAGACUACAUGAAGUUUUAGAACGUUUCUUGGAGCUGAUGUGGAGAUUGAAGGUUAUUGAUUUGAGCCAUACUCGAAUAAAAAAACUGCCAAAAUCUAUCACGAACCUGGGAAAGUUGAAUGCACUAACACUAAGAGAUUGCUCUGAAUUAUCUCUUCUUCCUUCCUUGGCGAAGUUGACAUUGUUAAGAAAGUUGGACCUUCGAGGGUGUGGAAAUAUUGAAGAAGUACCACAUGGGUUGACGAUGUUGGUUAAUCUAACAUAUCUCGACUUAUCAGGCGCUAGGAUUGAGAGGAUACCAGAUGGUGUGAUUAGUAAAUAGUUGAAGCUACAGUAUCUAGGUACUGGUUAUAUAGAAGUGAAGGAAGAAGAAAUUGCAAAAUUGAAGAAGUUGGAGUCACUUUGUUGUCGUUUUCAAAAUGUGAAUGAGCUGAGCAAGUAUAUACAGCAAGCAACAAUGAUAAAGUCAUACAUUCUUACCAUAGGAUUUCGUGGAUUUGGUGAAAAUUCAGUUUGGAAAUCUCAACGGAUGGAAGUGAUGGGGAGAUCUUUGUAUCGCGAUUCCAUGUGGGGUAAUACAUCCAUAGUUUUGUAUGAUAGACAUUACAGCGUAGGAGAGAUUUUUCUUUCUCCCCUCCCGAGAGACGUCAAGGCAUUAAAGAUUGAGCAUUACAAUGGGAAGUGGAGUAAUACUUGCAGACUUGAAAACUAGGAGUUGCUCUGGGUAAAGAUCUGUGGUGAGGUGUCGGCACUGAGUGGGUGCAGGGGACAGCCACAGAGGCAGCACGACGCUUUCCCAUCACCAUCACCAGGAGACAAUUUUCCCAAUCUCAAGAUGCUUCGCAUCCAUAAAAGUCCAAAACUAAAGCAUCAGCUGGUGCCCGGA